CCCCUUUAAAGUUUCGGGUCAGGUGAUCACUGGAACCCGGAUGUAGGUAUGGAUGGCGAUAAAUCGUACGGUUGAUGUCGGCAUUAAGACUCGUGUGUGUGACAUGUCGAUUCUACAAUUAACCUGAACUCGACAGAGUAUGGACGAGACCGUAGAGAAGUCAGACGAUAGAUAUUUCCUGUGUCUCCUUUGUUUCAAACCCUGUGAAAGUCCAAGAGAACUGCCAUGUCUGCAUUCGUUUUGUCGGCGAUGUCUGGACUCCUUCACAAAAUCAGAGUCCACUGCAACAGAUACGACGUUUCCUUGUCCAGUUUGCGAAACCCCCACACCCCAUAAUAGUCCUAGGUCUCCAGUGAACACGUGGUCAUCUUUCCUUCCCCUUGGCGUGCCACACCCGCCGUCCCCAGGAGUGAGCGGUGGGGAUAACGGUAUAGCGUGUGAGGGGUGUCGGAGAGACGGUGAGGAUACUAGGGCGACGUACUGGUGCCGUCAUUGUGUUGAAGCCCUUUGUUCACCAUGUAGAAUUGCACACAGACGCAACAAAAAAACGAGUGACCAUAAAGUUGUCGAAGUCAGUGACAUCAGCAAGACUGGUGGACCGCAACCAUUGGCUCUCCCUGUUCACGAAGGCUGUACUCAGCAUACAAAUAAAACAUUAGAGGUCUACUGUCUUGAUCAUCACUCUCUGUGCUGUAUCCUAUGUCUGGCAGUAUCACACCGGGAGUGUAGGCACAUGCGGAGUAUAGAGGAUGUAUCAAGGAAGCCUAUUGCGACGUGUGACGACAUCUGGGUCAAGCUUGAUACUGAAUCCAAAAUGUUGGUACACACAAAUGACGCAUCACUUGCAACAAUAGAAUUAGAUAAAGAGAGCGUCACUGCAUCAAUAAAAUCUAAGCUAGACUCAAUCAGAAAGAAAAUAGAUGAACUUCAAUCGAAACUUCUCGACGACGUGAUACUAGCACACAAUAAGAAUCAAGAGCAUCUAUUAAGCCAUAAACAGAACACAGAACAGUUUUACACCAAUGUGAGGAAUACGCGACUUCUUAUGGCCACAUUAAGUGGGCACGUGCCACCCCGACAGGCUUUCAUAGCACGAGAACAGGCGAACGUGCAACUCACGAGACAUUAUCAGCGUCUAAAGCAUAGAAUACUACAGAGCGACAACUUGUACAGGCUAGAAAUCCAAAUGGAUGACGCUGUCGAUGAAAUCAUGAAUACUCUGACAGCUGUAGGCUCUGUCCAAGUGACAUCAACGUUGUCAGACACAACCAAACAUGCGCUUGCAGCGGUUGGGACAACGCUUGAAUCUAUGCAUAAAACGCAAACUCUAUCGUCAUUCUCCGAUUCCAUGUCUUCGUCUGACAUGAUAGGUUCGUUAACAAGGAAUGUCGAACCAAAACCAGAAAUGAAAACAGUGAAACCGCAUCUGCUGAAAUCUGUACUGUCCAAAGAUCUGGUCGGCAGGCAGGUAAUCCUGCUGACUGGCGGUACAUUUGUAGAUGAAAAUAAAUUAAUAAUGGCCGACUGUAACAACAAAAGACUCCUAAUGUUUGACGAGAACUAUAAUUACAUAAAGCAAUAUGCUAUCAACGGAUGCCCCACAGAUGUCGCCAGAGGUAACAAGGGUAACGAAUUGUACGUUUCUGUCUAUAACAAGGAGAUCCUCCGAUGCUCCCUUGCAUCCGGGCAUCUUGAUGUAAUUGGGAAAACAGAGUGUCCUACUUUGACGUGCGGUGUAGCUUUAUUGGAUGAAAAGUUGCUAGUUGUGACUUCAGACACUAUCAAAGUGUUGGAAGCGGAUGGACAGGAAGUAAACAGUGUUCUGAUAACGACCACCGGAACUACAUGUAUUGCGGCGUGUAGUCAGCGCCACAUGUACUUCCACAGGGACAACAACUCUGUCGUUGGUCGAACACUUGAUGGACGUGAGGUCACCCGGUACACACACCCACACCUCCGCGAUCCGGUCGGUAUUUGUCUUGACGAACAUGGUCACGUGUUUGUAUGUGGAUAUCAGUCAGGAAACAUCCACGAGAUGGCGCCCGAUGCAACAAGAGGGCGAGUGUUGGUGAAGAAACUAGACAAAAUCAGACACCCGUGGGCAGUGAUUGCUCAUCCGAGCAAGCGCGAGUUUGUCGUCACUUCCUGUAAAGAAACCAUUGCUUUCGAGGUGUACCGAAUCCUACCAAAUAAGUGACGUUUCUUUCUGUAAUUAAAGAGCUAGAUGUGUUGGAAUGAAUGUUCCAUUUCGUAACGACUCAAUGACGUCAUUCCUUGAUGUGUUUCCGUUAUUGAUAGUGUAUCAAGCAUUAGGAGUAAACGAUUGGCUGUAAGAGGUUGUAACGAUACGUAUACAGACUUUCCUCGUUACUUCCAGUAUACGGGAGGAUAUAUUCCUGAUAUUAAAAAGGACCUCAUUUCUUAUACAUAAACAGGCGACAAAGCGUGGUGAUAGUAGACAACAUUGUUUAUCUUAUACAUAUAUCUGCCUGGUGCAAGACCUUUAUGCAUUUUAUUACAUUUUUAAUAUAUUAUUGUGAAAUAUUGCAAAACAUUCAUUCUAUAUGAAAGUGAUAUUUUUCACUAGUAAAUUAUAACACUUUUGCUUAUUUGACCAAUCAAAACACUGAUUACAAACUCUAUGCAUCAUUUGUCCCGAUUAAAUCCUUCUGUCGACAUGUCGGCCUCAUUAUACAAAGUGACAAAUUGUUUUCUGUUUUCUUUUAUGAAAAUUAAAAGUGAGAUAAAUUUGGUAUUUUAAUCACACUGGAAGAAAUUGUGGAUAACAUUCGCUGUCUAAAUUGUUCAAAGGCUAUUGGUCCUGGUUUGGUUGAUCCUCGCUUAUUAAAGGAAGCUGUUGAUAUUUUGUGCUUUUCGCUCCAAACUAUAUUCAAUCUCUCAUCAUCGAAAUCAAUAAUUCCAAAUGAAUGGAAAAAAAUAAAAAUGUUUCUCCUAUAUACAAAAAAGAUGAUAAGCCAAGGAGUAGAAACUAUCGACCUAUAUCUCUUUUAUCUAGACUUGGUAAGGUAAUGGAAAGAUGCGUAUACAAACAUAUCUAUAAUUUCUUCCUUUGUCAUCGACUGUUAUCUUCUAGUCGGUCCGGGUUCAUCCAAAGACAAAGAUAAUGAAAUAGACGACGGAAAAGAAAUAAGAUUGGUCUUUUGCGACGUUAACCAAACUACGCAGUUUUUGAAUUACUGGUAAAUUGUUGUCAUGGUUUUCAAACUAUCUUUCGGAUGGUAAGGAGUGUGUUGUCAUCAAUACUAAGUAUUCGUCUUGGCAACAACUCCCACAAGGCUCUAUGCUAGGACCACUACUAUUUCCAGUUUUUAUUAAUGAUACAGCCGACAAUAUUCAAUCAACUAUUAAGUUAUUUGCCGACAAUACAUCUUUAUAUGCUACAGUUGAUGUACCCACAGAUAGUGCUGAUGUCUUAAAUAGGGACUUGGGGAAAUCUUUUUAAUUAGUACAAAAAAAUGCUCGUU